AUGCGCUCUUCGCUCUUUAUCGCUGCGCAGUUCGCCGCUGCCGCUUUCGCAGCCGAGCCAUGGGAGAACGAGGUCGACACCGGCUUCCAAAUCUACCUCGACGGCACCAACUACACCAAGGGCACUCAACCCCUCCUGAAGGAUAUUCGUGCUAUUCCCGACUUCGACUGGGCUGCCCGCCAGAAGCUUGACAACCAGAAGUACUCUUUCUACCGCACUGGUACUGCUGGCGAGUUCAGCUACCGCCACAACCUCGAUGUUUGGCAGAAGGUUCAGCUUCGCUCUAAGCACCUGGUUGACGUCACCAAGUUGAACCAGACUCUCCCUACCACCAUCCUGGGAUACAACUUCAGCGCCCCUGUCUUCAUUGCUCCUGCCGCCCGUGGUAUCUACGGAGAUGAGGCUGCUGAGCUGAACUUUGUUGGCGCCGCAGGCAACGAAGACAUUUUGUACAUUCCUUCCAUGUAUGCCUCCAAGUCCAUUGAGGAGAUCGCGGCCGGCAAGGUCAACAACACCCUCAACGGACCCCAGGUCAUCUUCCAGCAGAUCUACACCAACGGCAACUUGUCCGUUACCUGGGAGAACAUUCGCCGUGCCGAGAAGACUGGCGCCAAGGCCAUCGUCUGGACCAUCGACGCUCCCGGCGACUCCGUUCGUCACCGUGCCGCCCGCUACGACACCACCAACGCCAACUCUGUCUCUUCUGCGCUCACCUGGGACAUCUACGAUCAAAUGAGAAACCACACCAGCUUGCCCAUCAUCCUGAAGGGUAUCACCACUUCUGAGGAGGCUCUGCUUGCCAUUGAGAAGGGCGCCAAGGCCAUUUACAUUUCCAACCACGGUGGCCGCCAGCUCGACCACACCCCUGCCCCUCUUGAAAUUGCCUACGAGAUCUACCGCAACGCCCCCGAGGUCUUCCAGAAGGUUGACGUCUUGGCUGACAGCGGUAUUCGCUACGGCAACGAUGUUCUGAAGCUGCUUGCUCUUGGUGUCAAGGCUGUCGGUAUGGGCCGUCCCUUCAUGUACGCCAACUGCUACGGUCUCGAGGGUGUCACCAAGGCCAUCGACAUCAUCAAGACCGAGAUUGUCCGUGAUGGUGCUCAGAUGGGUGUUACCAACCUGAAGAGCAUUGACAAGAGCUUCGUAAGUUACAGCCAUCCCGUCGGUAGUGAUCAUUACUAA